AAAAGCCCAAAGGCUUGCUGGACGCGGGGGUUGCCGCUGGUGAAGAAGGUCGGAGCGCUUGGUGUGGAUUUACCCAAAACCGCGGGGGGCGGUUCGAGGCUUUCUCGGAGGGCUCUGCGAGCAAGCGGGGAGAGACCGCCUGGCUUGAAGUUCCAAGAUGGCCUUGUGGAGUGUGGUUCGUGACAUGCAUCCAGAGCUGUUCAGUGGCUACAGCGAAGAGUUUCCUCGUGACCUGCGUUGCUUCCUCGGAGAUUGGCUGGAGAAGCACCCAUGGGAAUUCAUCACUGGGUCAGACUCAUUCAGCGCCUUCAUGGCUGACAGCCUGCUUUCUGCCUUGAUGGAGAAACUGCAAGACUUGGCCAAUCAAAACUGCCAACCCGGCUUGAUUCUUCAGCUCACUACUAACUUGGAGAACGCUUAUCGGAGAGAUCCGCUGCAGUUGGCAAGGACUGUGAAACAGAUUCUAGACGCGGAGCGGGUAGCCGUUCAGAACCAGUUUCAGUGCCUGCCCCUCAGCUUCCACCGCCAGCAGGAGGAACUGAAGUUUGGAUUUGAUCUGAAGCGGCUGCAGUACAAGCUGCAAGAGAUCCGGGCCCUCUAUGGGAACCUGGAGGACGGCUCAAGAGUUUCUCUGCAGAUAAACACAGUGGAUCCACAGUUCUCAACACAAGGGGACCUGCAAGCGAAUACCCUUCACACACUGUUCUCCGAAGUAGCCAAAGAGCUAGAAACCGCAAAGACCCGGCUGCUGAAGAGGCUUGACAUCUGGAAGAGGCAGCAGCAGCUGGCCGGGAACGGAACUCCCUUCGACGAGGACUUGGCUCCGCUGCAGAAGAGGUUUGAAAGCCUGGUGGACGUUUGUUUCAAGCUUCGCCAGCAGGUAGUAGCCCUGGCGGCUCAGCUGGGCGCUGAUCUUCAGUCUUGUCUUCAAGAACGCCUGGAGAUUGUUUUCAACACUCUCGUCAAAAGCGCCUUCCUGGUGGACAAACAACCCCCUCAAGUUCUGAAGACCCAGACCAAAUUUCAAGCCACCGUCCGUUUCCUGCUUGGCUCUCAGCUGUUCAAAGUUCCUCAGACGUCCUUCUCAGUCUCGGCCAACAUCGUAACAGAGAAACAAGCACGGGAACUGGCUGCCGGGCAUCCUGACGCCAGCCUCUGUGAAAGCACAGGAGAAAUUGUGAACAACGUAGCCCCUCUAGAGACCGCUACCACAAGCAAUGCCUGCUGUGCUGUCUUCAAGAAUAUGCUUCUAAAGAAAAUCAAGCGCAGCGACCGCAAGAGCACAGAGUCUGUGACCGAAGAGAAAUGUGCUGUCCUCUUCAGUGCCAGAAUCAACCUAGGCUCCAACAGUACCACCUUUCUGCUGCAGGCCCUCUCACUGCCCAUUGUGGUGAUUGUUCAUGGCAACCAAGACAACAACGCUAAGGCCACCAUCUUGUGGGACAAUGCCUUUGCCGCAAAAGACCGGAUCCCCUUUGUGGUCACGGAGCGUGUCCCCUGGGGGAACAUGUGUGAGACUCUCAACCAGAAGUUCAUGGCUGAGGUGCAGACCACGAAAGGCCUCCUCAAGGAGCACUACUUCUUCUUGGCCCAGAAGAUAUUCAAUGACAACAACGCCAGCUACGAGGACUUCCAGAGCCGCUGCGUUUCUUGGUCUCAGUUCAAUAAGGAAAUCCUUCCUAACAGAGGAUUCACCUUCUGGCAGUGGUUUGAAGGCAUCCUUGAACUCACCAAGAAAUAUCUGAAGGACUACUGGUCCGAUCGGCUCAUCUUGGGCUUUGUCAGCAGGCAGUAUGUUUCCAGUUGCCUGAGCAAUGCUCCAGCGGGUACUUUCCUGCUCCGUUUCAGUGACUCCUUGAUAGGUGGCAUCAGCAUCGCUUACGUCAUCCGCUUGCCGAACGGUUCCUGUGAAGUAGAGAACAUCCAGCCAUUCACAGCAACAAGCCUGUCUGUUCGUUCCCUUGCCGACUGUGUUCUGGAUCUGCAGGAGCUUCAGGUGCUGUAUCCUAACAGGCCUAAAAGAGAGGCAUUCCAGAACUACUUUAACGAAGAGUUACCAAGGAAGAACAAUAAAGAAUACGUCCCAACCCGGAUAAGGAUAACCGUGGGCACACCUUCAGAGCCGGCCCUACCAGAACAGAACUUACACAGCUCCAUGAGUCUUGGAAACCCUACUGCUUUUGUUUACUCUGAACAUUCCAGCCUGUCUCCAGCAAAACAGAACGUAUUGGGCUCCAUGCCCAAUCUCAGUGUGAAUCCUGGGAUCCCUACUGAUCCUGUUUACUCUGAUUUGCCUCUUGCUCCCGAGAGCGAAUGGCUGCCUCAAGGAAACGCUUCACCCCUUGAGCCAAUGGAGUCAGCAAUGGAUAUCGGUCUGCCUGACAUAAGCCUCCAUGGAAUCGUGGAUUUCCCCAUGCCGCUGGAUCCACUAGCCUCCGAGAACUUGCACCCACCCUCCAUCUACGAGCUGGAGCAACUGAUCCAGCACCAGCCACCCCUGCUUCACUAUUCCCGUAAUCCUGGACCCACCCUGACCAACCUCUGUUCAUAACCUUCGCGCCUCAUAUUUUUGCAAGGACUUCUAUUAUGGACCUUUGUGUGGGCGGUGUGACCGGCGACGGAUACUUUGGGUGGUUCUUCUGUCUAAGCCGGGGGAGCAAGAAUGCACUUUGCACCAGAGCGGUCAGGCCUCGGUGUUGUACAGAACACAGGCUUGCCUUUGCAGCAGUGCCUCCUUUGCUGCUUGGGCACUGUCCUUGGGUGCCUCGGAUGCUUUGCGCUUUGCCUGUGGCUCCUCUUGAGAAGCAACCUGUUGGGAAGGGUGGGGGUGUACAGUAGGGUUUCAGCUGUGACACAUGGGGAGAGGGAAUUUCUGGGAUAGAAAUCCACAGCAGCCUAGAUUACAAGGAGGGGAGGGGUUUUUUCUCAGGAUCUGUAGACUCAGGCUCUUCUCCCACUUGGCUGAGCUGCUGUCCUUAUGAGGGCAGAAAGGCGGGACAUUUUGUAAAAUAAAAGAAAUACUGGUGCUUUCACACAUCCCCUUGGGCAGCUGGGCACAGGGCUCGUUGUGUUGCGGAUUGUGUUGGGUCUCCGUCGCUGCAGCAAGAGGAGGAGAGGCUCCGUCCUGCUGCCCAGAAUUAAGAUCCCACGAGACCCUUACAUGGCUUCUCCUCGCACUCCUUCCUUGCCUGCCACACCCAGAGCCUCCAUCAAGUGCCUAUUUCGGAACGAGCCGCUUCUCAGGCAAUACUUCUGUGAUUUUUGAUAUUUUUUUUGGGUUGUGAAUCCAUGAAGGGGUGAUUCAGGCCCUGCGAUGGAGAAGAGGAAGGAAGAGGAAGGGGGAGGGACAGGUGCCACAGACUCAAAAGGAGGAAGAGACUCGACUGUGCUAAAACCGGGAAGUAAAGUUGGUGUGGGGAUUAACCCUGUAAUGACUGGUUUUUAUUUUUAUUUUUUUGGUCUGUACCUUGCGGAGGUUUGCUUUGCGAUAAUGUGAAUGAAUGUACACUCUGUUUAUGCCCAGCAGCUGUGUGUCGCUGUGAUUAGCAACACUGUACACAACUUAAGGGAAUCUUUAUAGAGUGAGUAUUUACCAUGUGUUAUGAUUUGCUUUCUUAUGUAAGUGUGGAAUGCGAUGUGGGAAACGGGGUCAUGUAGGAACAGGGCGGCCAGGAGCCAUCAUGGGCCCCCCCGGGCAAAGAUUCCACUCCCCCCCCCCCACAUAUGACCAUGGUCUCUAUGAAAUAUCAUAACUAAUCAGUUGGCCUGCUGUUACCAUGAAUGUAUAGUAAUAAAAGAA